ACAGUCGUCUGGUUGCUAAGGUGUCACAAUGACAACAUUCUUGAGUAAUUCUUUGAAAUGUGCUUUUCACCUGCCAGGACCUGCAGCACUGAGAAGAGCGCGUCGUCUCGUCUCUGUGUGGGGAGAUGAUGGCUUGAAAAUGGACAUGCUAGAGGACCUGGAGUCCCUGCAGUUUGUGUCUGGGGUUUCAGAGGAAGACCGUUCCUGGCUGUAUUUGCAGGGCCGUUCUCGUGGCCUGACAAUUGAAGCCUGUGCCCAUGCCAUCUUCUUGUGCAAACUAGUCCAUACUUUGAGAGAAACCUUAAAUGGGAAUCAAAGUAUCGGAGGCAUCACACCUGCGUCACUGAACGUGGCUGCUGAUGAACACGAAGAGCUAAAGGUGGGCAUCAUUGGAGGUGGCCAUCUCGGGAAGCAGCUGGCUCGCGUGCUGCUACAGCUCGUCCCUCUCCCCGCUGAGAGGCUGCGGAUCUCCACUCGGAGGCCAGAGGCCCUGGCUGAAUUCAAAAAACAGGGGGUCCGGUGCUCCUACCACAACACUGGUCUGGUGAGCUGGGCCAACAUGGUGUUCCUCUGCUGCCUGCCAUCUCAGCUGCCUAACAUCUGCAUAGAGAUUCAAAACAGCCUUGACAAGACCUGCAUUGUGCUCAGCUUUGUGGCUGCUGUCCCACUACCCAGAUUGAAGUUACUGCUGAACAAGACCAGCAUCUUGAGGCCUCAGUAUCAAUAUCAUCAUCCUAAAGAUUCUGUGAGAAUCUGGGGCUCCCAUAAGGAAAUCAUAGCUGCACUCCAAGAUCCUGAGAUUCUUCAGGCUACUUGCCCCUACAGUCUUACUGGGGGAAUUAGCCUCAAUAUCAAAUGGUUAGAGGGAGUGUUCUAUGCAGCCCUAAACAUCUGCACGGAGAAAAGCGUGGCCCACUCAAAAACAAUGCUACUUAUGAAUGAACUAUUUUUGUCUGCACACUAUGAAGAAUGUGGGAAAGACACAAGAUCUUGCCCCAAGUUUCAGUUAACAGAUGUUGUCAACAAAGACUAUGUCAAGAACUUGUCUGGGAAUAGGCCUUUCCCCUGGUUUGAGCUGACCACUGUGCAGCUCCGGGAAACUCCCUUUAGCCUGUGUGUCUCCUCCAGUGCUGCCAUCCAGGACCACCUUACUCAGCUGUACUGUAACUCACUUGGCAUCUUGUCAACCAAAGACCAGCCAAAGGCUUCCACAGACUUUCCAGCCCAGUAAGAGAUACCAGCAAGCAAAACUGUUUCCCCUUAAGGUUUGUUUACCAACGCUUGUAGUCAUGUGACUGUAUUGUGCUUGAAAAUUAUGGUGAUGGCUCUUUAAAAUGAAAAAUAAAAUAAGAGAUUCUAUACAUCA